UUUAGCCUUUGUCCAAAGGCUAUUUUACUAAUUUCAACAAAAUUAUAGUAAUCUUCUUUUUCUGAUCAAUGUGCUUUACAUAUUCUAAUCUCAGCUCUCGAAUCCAUCAAUACUUUUAUCAUCAUCAGUUUCAGCUUCCAAUAACAACUUGUUUUUCUCAUAACAAACCGCGCAAGGAAUUGAUUCUGCAAAUUGUGUAGUAGUUCAAAAUCAUCAUGGAGAAGAAAAUAUUGUUCGGUAAAUAUGAAACUGGGAGACAAUUAGGCAAAGGAACGUUUGCUAAAGUCUUCCAUGCAACCAACCUUGUCACUGGUGAAAAUGUUGCUAUCAAAGUGAUCAAGAAAGAGAUUGUGAAAUCUCAAGCAAUGAUGGAGCAAAUCAAGAGGGAAAUAUCAGUUAUGCGCCUUGUUCGACACCCUAACAUUGUUGAACUCAAAGAAGUCAUGGCAACGAAAACAAAGAUCUUCAUUGUCAUGGAAUACGUUAAAGGUGGUGAACUCUUUGCAAAAGUAGCAAAAGGGAGGCUUAAAGAAGACAUAGCUCGAAAAUAUUUUCAGCAGUUAAUAAGUGCUCUUGAAUUUUGCCACAGUUGUGGUGUUUCUCAUCGUGAUAUAAAACCAGAAAAUCUCCUACUUGAUGAAAAUGAGAAUUUAAAGGUAACAGAUUUCGGUCUAUCGGCUUUGCCAGAGCAAUUGCUGAAUGAUGGUCUUCUAUACACUCAGUGUGGAACUCCAGCCUAUAUUGCACCUGAAAUAAUACGAAAUAAAGGUUAUAAUGGUGGCAAGGCUGAUCUUUGGUCCUGCGGAGUCGUAUUAUAUGUUCUUCUAGCAGGGUGUUUACCUUUUCAAGAUGGUAAUCUUGUGAAUCUGUAUAGAAAGAUUUUUAAAGCAGAAUAUAGAUUUCCCCCUUGGUUAUCAACAGAAGCAAAGCGUUUAAUAUCACAAAUAUUAAUCCCUAAUCCACAAAAAAGGAUAAGUAUAGCUGGAAUAAUGAAAGACCGUUGGUUUAGAAAAGAUUUUAAAAUGCCAAUUUAUAAUGGAAAUAUUUCAUCAUCGUCAUUAUUAACUGAUCAUGAACACGAUACAAUAUCUAUGUUAGAUAAAUUUGGAAGAUCUGACGAAUACUUAAAACAUGGAGGGAUGAUAAAAUCACCCUCUUCACCAGCGUUAUUGAAUGCUUUUGAAUUGAUCUCAUCUAUGUCAGCUGGUGCGAAUUUAUCAAGCUUGUUUGAGAACAAGAAGAAAACAGAGUCCAUUUUCACAUCGAGGUGUUCAGCCACAAUCAUCAUGGCCAAGAUUCAAUUGUUGGCUAGGAAAUUGAAUUUUAAAGUUGCAAGGGUUAAUGGAUCAACAUUGAGGCUGCAAGGUUCUUGUGAUAGUAGGCCGAAAGCACGUUUAUUGGUGAACAUCGAGGUGUUCAAAGUGGCUCCGGAAGUGGCUGUGGUUAAGUUUUCAAAAAUCUCAGGGGAUUCACAAGAGUAUACAAAGUUUUUGGAGGAGGAGGUGAAACCAAACUUAAAGGACAUUGUUUUGACAUGGCAUGUUGAGCAAGCGUUAAGUGAUAUUUGUGAAAAGGAAGACUGUAAAAUUCCAGUCAAGUGUGCUAGUUGCAAGGAUUUGACUCAAAAUAAACUACAAGAUAUUGACGAUAUAACUGCUAAUUUGUCAUCCAGCGUGUGAAAACAAAAUACAAUAUAUUCAUUUCAUUAUUAACAAUUGCAUUUGGUUUGUAUGUCAUCAAAACCAAAUAUUAAUUGUAUACAGAAGGGAUAAUAGAUAUAUAUCUUCUCAUAGCCAUAUACCCUUCAUACUUUUUA